CUCUUCGCCUGCCGGUGCCCCUGUCCUAUUUGUUACAAAGGCCGAUGGAACACUCCGCCUCUGUGUCGAGUAUCGUGGCCUCAAUGAACUCACUGUCAAAAACCGCUACCCGCUGCCACUCAUACGGGAGACUCUCGAUCGCCUUUCCAAAGCCAAGUGGUACACCAAACUCGACCUUCGCCAAGGGUACAAUCAGAUCCGAAUGGCUGAGG